UAGGUUAGGAAUGAAGUCAGUGUACAAUUAUGUCACGUUGAGAGGAAGUACAGAAAGGAGAGGCUGCUGGAGCCGAACUGGAGGGAAAACGAAUGCUUCUUGUAAGGGAGGCAAUGAUUCAGACAUACCAAAGACAUCUCACCCCCUUCCUCCAAAACGCCAAUCUUCUCCUCUCCACAUCUUAAAUAUCCCCCUCUUUCUAAAUUCCACCAACCACUUUCUUGCUUUCACUUCCAAUUCUCAAUUCCUCUUUAUUUGAUUCUGGGUUCUUUUUUUGUUUUUUGCCAUACACAUAAUUGUCUAAAGGGAGAAAGAAAAAGAGAGAUGCGAAGCAUGGCAAGCUCCGCUUCCUCGCGAGGCAUUGCAGCUAUCGUCGGUGUGGGCCCCAACCUCGGCCUCUCCAUCGCUCGCAAGUUCGCUCACGAGGGCUACACGGUUGCCAUCCUCGCUCGUGACUUGGGGAGGUUGUCAAGAUUUGCUGAUGAAAUAGCGAGGGAAGAGAAGGCGCAGGUUUUUGCUAUAAGAAUAGACUGUUCCGAUUCAAGAAGCGUGAGAGAGGCAUUUGAAGGAGUGCUCUCUCUGGGAUUCGUGGAAAUUCUUGUCUACAAUGCUUACCAGCCACUACCUUGGUGCCCUUCCUCCUUCCAAGAUCUUCGCAUCGAAUCCUUUGAAAGAUCCCUUGCCGUUUCUUCCGUCGGCGCCUUCCACUGCGCUCAACAGGUGCUGCCGGGUAUGGUUGAAAGAGGAAAAGGAACGAUUCUCUUCACUGGCUGCUCCGCUUCUCUAAACGGCAUUGCUGGAUACUCUGAACUAUGCUGUGGGAAAUUCGCUUUGAGAGCACUAUCGCAAUGUUUGGCCAAGGAAUUUCAACCUCAAGGAGUGCACCUAGCUCAUGUUAUCAUUGACGGUGUUAUUGGCCCACCCAGAGGACCAACCUUGACGUCAUCAUCUUCACAGAGGGGAAAUUCAUUGGGGGAGCAAAGCAGUGGAGGAGGAGGCGAGGGUACAAUGGACCCAGACGCACUCGCUCAAACCUUCUGGCACUUGCACGUUCAGGACCGGAACGCUUGGACCCUGGAGAUGGAUCUUCGUUCACCCUCUGCUAGAUUCUUCUAGCUACUAAGUUAACCCCCAAUUAAAAAUGUGCCUAGCUCAAUUAUUAUAUUUAUUUUUCGCUCUAUAGUCUAUAUAGUCUUCAGUGUCAAAUCUCAAUCACUUCAUCCAUGACCUCAUGGCAUCAACCGUGAAUUCAAUGAUGUUUACAAUCAACACUGUUGGGCUUGCCGGUGUGCUGAAUUGCUUGUGUCUCGGGAUAUUAAUCUUUGAUCGACCCAAAAAUAUUUUAUUCACCCAAAAAGAAAUUAUGUGUAUGUACAAAGAUAUUAUACGGUGUGUUGUUACUUGUUAGUUUGGGUCAAUCAAGUAGUAAUUUUAUUACUGUUUUUGUAGAGACAAAAUUAAGAAAAGGAUGUGUAUAUUAGUAUAUCAUAUAUAUCAUCCGUUUGUGUGUUAAUUUGGA